GGGACUCGACAAAUGAAGAGCACAGAAUAUCUGUUAGCUACAAAUUACGUGAUCCUACAAGUGAAAGGGAGAUGACUCUUAACGUAAUACUCAUCCUGUUGAGUCUAUUUAUACAGGGAGUUUCCGGCACGGAGAUGAAAAGAAGGUUGCGAGGAAAACUGAGACCCGAAGAUUGUGACGACAUAAAACUCUUAGGUAAAACAAAAAGUCGAGUGUACACAGUCUAUCCACGUGACAGGAAGGAUCCAAUCAGAGUGUACUGUGACCUGACAACUGAUGGCGGAGGAUGGUUGGUCUUUCAACGUAGGCAAGACGGAUCUGAAAAUUUCUAUCGAAAUUGGGAAGACUAUCUCGUUGGGUUCGGUAACCUGUCCAGGGAAUUUUGGUUAGGUAAUGAAAAUAUCCAUCGUCUGACUCACCAAAGGCCAUAUCAACUGAGGGUGGACCUGGAAGAUUGGGGAGGAAAGAAAGCGUAUGCUAUCUACGACUACUUCUCCAUCGGUCCUGUUACCGACUACUACAGACUGUUUGUUAUUGGUUAUAGCGGUAAUGCGGGAGAUAGUUUUUCUGAUCAUCAUGGAUACCAGUUCAGUGCGAAGAAUCUCGAUAAAGAUACAUGGGAUAAAAACUGUGCUCAGACAUUUGAUGGAGCGUGGUGGUAUCUUAAUUGUCACAAUUCUAACCUCAACGGCCUCUACCUAAAGGGAUAUCACAGCAGCUACGCCAACGGUGUAAACUGGGAAGCGUUUAAAGGUGACCACCAUUCGUUAAAGAAAACAGAAAUGAAAAUUCGACCAGCGAAACGCCUCCUCACAGAAUAACAAAGUAAACAACACGAUGCAAAUCCAACUGCUGCAGCACAUCCUACAAAUUAACGAAAACAGAUAAAACUCUUACUAAAGCGGUACCUCGUAAGAAAAUACUUGAACAAUCAACCCAUAUGAACAAAAACUAAAUAUCUUCAGAUAAUAAAACGUAAUGAAACAAAA